AAAGCCGGCGAGCAAGGAGACUCCUGUGCAGGGUCUCGGCUGCAGUCGGGAAGCGUUCGAUUCUCUGUGGCGUCGGAUUGUGAGCCGUGUCUGCUUGUCCAGCCGAGGGCUCCCAGGACUCGGGUCUAGGGGUUGCUGCACACCUGCUUUUGUUUUUAAGGGGGAAGGGGGUGUAAAGGAGGGAGGAGAAUGGACAGAAUCCUGACUGGAACGUUAAUUGGGGCAUUUCAGAUGGGAAGAGCAGAAUAACGAUUCCGUAUUCUUCCUUGAGUUGCUCCGUUAGGUUAACUUCAUUUUCGAAUGCUCAAUUUUGAAUGCUUUCAAUUUUGAAACUAGCCUGUGUGUUUGGCAGAAUUUGACCGAAUUCAGAGGUGACAGUUUGAUCCAGUCCAAGUGCUUUUUAAUUGAGGCACUCAAUUCAACCACUGUUUACAAUGGAAUUUCUGAAGACGUGUGUACUUAGAAGAAAUGCACGUACUGCGGUUUGCUUCUGGAGAAGCAAAGUUAUACAAAUGCCUUCAGUUAGAAAGAUUAGUACUACCUCUCCAAGGAGUACUGUCAUGCCUGCAUGGGUGAUAGAUAAAUAUGGGAAGAAUGAAGUGCUUCGAUUCACUCAAAACAAGAUGAUACCUAUCAUACACUAUCCAAAUGAAGUCAUUAUCAAAGUCCAUGCUGCGAGUGUAAAUCCUAUAGAUGUUAAUAUGAGAAAUGGUUAUGGAGCUACAGCUUUAAAUAUGAAGCGUGAUCCUUUACGUAUUAAAACCAGAGGAGAAGAAUUUCCACUGACUCUGGGUCGGGAUGUCUCUGGCGUGGUGAUGGAAUGUGGGCUUGAUGUGAAGUACUUCAAGCCUGGAGAUGAGGUCUGGGCUGCAGUUCCUCCUUGGAAACAAGGCACUCUUUCAGAGUUUGUUGUAGUCAGUGGGAAUGAGAUCUCACACAAACCCAAAAGACUUACUCAUACUCAAGCUGCCUCUUUGCCAUAUGUGGCUCUCACAGCCUGGUCUGCCAUAAACAAGGUUGGCGGCCUGAAUGAUAAGAAUUGCAAAGGAAAACGUGCUUUAAUCUUGGGUGCUUCAGGUGGAGUUGGCACUUUUGCUAUACAGAUAAUGAAAGCGUGGGAUGCUCAUGUGACAGCAGUUUGCUCUCAAGAUGCCAGUGAACUUGUAAGGAAGCUUGGGGCAGACGAUGUAAUUGAUUACAAAGCCGGAGAUGUGGAAGAGCAGUUGAAAUCCUUAAAACCGUUUGAUUUUAUCCUCGAUAAUGUUGGUGGAUCCACUGAAACAUGGGCUCUAAAUUAUCUCAAGAAAUGGUCAGGAGCCACCUAUGUGACUUUGGUGACUCCUUUCCUCCUGAACAUGGACCAAUUGGGCAUAGCAGACGGCAUGUUGCAGACGGGAGUCACCGUGGGUUCUAAGACAUUAAAGCAUUUCUGGCAAGGAGUCCAUUAUCGCUGGGCCUUUUUCAUGGCCAGUGGUACAUGUCUAGACGAAAUUGCAGAACUGGUGGAUGCGGGAAAGAUUGAGCCAGUUAUUGAACAAACCUUUCCCUUUUCUAAAGUUCCAGAAGCCUUCCUGAAGGUGGAAAGAGGACACGCACGAGGAAAGACCGUAAUUAAUGUCGUUUAAAUAAAUGUGCAGUUUGGUGAU